AUGUGUCAUAAGGAAUUUGCUUCUUUAAAUAAAAGAAUGGAAGUGCCACAGUCCACUAUGAGAUCUGAAGAUUGUACGUGUGGGACCAAUUCUUCAGAAUGGUUACCAGAUGUAAAAAAACAAUUUCCAUCUUACAUCUACAGCAACCCUUUUGCGGAAGUGUCAAAGAAUGAUCGAAAUGAAGAAAUCCAGCAUUGCAGUGUGUGCAUGAAGGGUUUUUACAAUCCUCAUGACUUGCAGGAACAUGAACGAACUCACAUGGGGGGCACACUUAGCACGAAUGGUGACAGGGUUGCUGGUGAUAUUGGACACCAUACUUCAUCAUCUCCGAACUGUGAGAUGUUAAGAGGUGGCAGUGCAGCUGGGGGGAUAUGCCCACACAUAACAGACUGUGAAAACAACAGUGGUGAUGAAGGCAGGUCUCACAGUGACUUAUGUUUGCAUAGCAAUGCGACAGAUAAAGGUGGUGGAACCAGUGCCUCAUCUCUUCGUAUCGGUCGUAACAAUGGUAAAAGGUUAUCCGAAGCUUCUUCAACAACAGCAACGUAUCCCUGCGAUUUAUGUGGUGAAAAGUUUAAUUUGCGUGGCAACAUGGUAAAGCACAAAAAGAUGCAUGAAGGUCAGCGACCUUUUGCUUGCCCUGUUUGUGGUAAGGAAUUUAGCCUGCGCGGAAAUAUGAAGAAGCAUCAAGCAAUUCAUGAAGGGACAAAGCCAUUUAACUGUGACAUUUGUGGCCGGCAGUUUAGUCUUCGUGGUAACCUGCAACAACACCAAGUUGUUCACACUGGGGCAAAACCCUUCAACUGUUCUAUUUGUGGCAGACAGUUCUCUUUACGAGGAAACAUGGAAAAACACAAACGGAUUCACAACUACUGA